AUGCGAGGCCAGCUGGCAAUAUUACGGGCCGCUCAGAGAAGGCUUCAGCAGCGGCUGCUCGCCACUCUGUCGCAGAACUACGCCUUAAUCGUUUCUAUGCAGGAGCUCAAGCGCCAACUUAGCCAGCAAAAACUGGCCAAGGACGAAGAGAUUCGAAGACUCGGUCUAGAGAUAAGCGCUCUCCGUCAUCUCCGACAAUUCACUUACAUUGUCAGACCCCUCUUCUAG